CGUGUCUGUGAGGCGGAGCGCGGUCAAACUCACACAGACGGAGGAUCAUUUGCUCAUUUAACGAAGAAACUCCGUGACAGUCGCCGUCAGCGGACGAGCCGUGUGUGUUUGUGCUUCUGUCAUGCGGUAAAAGCGGAGACCGCACAAACAGGAGCGGAUCUGUGUGUGUGGGGCAGAGUCCAGACAUGAACGGAUACACACCGCCGGCCUCACAGAUGAAUGGACACAGCUCACUCUCUCCAGAUGUUCCCGCCAAAAAGUCGAGUGGUAAAGCUCUGUACGAGCAAAGGAAAAACUACACCAAAAACAGCAUCAACAGCCUGACGGACACGUCUCAGUACCAUGUGGAGCAUCUGACCACGUUUGUGAUGGACCGUAAGGAGGCGAUGCUGACCAUUGAGGACGGCAUCAGGAAACUGCGGCUGCUGGACGCCAAAGGGAAGAUCUGGACGCAAGACAUGCUGCUGCAGGUGGACAACAGAGCAGUCAGCCUCAUAGACCACGACAGCAAGAAUGAGCUGGAAAACUUUCCUCUGGGCUCCAUCCAGCACUGUCAGCCCGUCACCAACGCCUGCAGCUACGACUCCAUCUUGGCUCUAGUGUGUAAGGAGUCCGGCCAGGGGAAACCAGACCUGCACCUGUUCCAGUGUGAGGACAUUAAGGCCAGUCUGAUCCACAUGGACAUCGAGAGCGCCGUCAGCGAUCACAAGGGCGGGAAAAUCAAGAAGAGGCCGGAGGUGCUGAAGAUGAUCCUGAAGAGUGAUGGAAACAUCCCUCCGCCCCCAGGAGGCCCCGCCCCUCAGCCGCCAGCAGCUGUCAAUCAAGCGGACACCAAGAGCCGAGUGGCCAGCUGGUCAGCCUGGACCAAUGAGCAGCCGGACAAUGACCCACAGAGACACUACACAGAGCUGGACGCUCCUCCUGAGAUGAGUGCAGCACAGGUGGACAGAGAUGUGCAAAUCCUCAACCACGUUCUGGACGACAUCGAGCACUUCGUCACCAAACUGCAGAAAGCUGCCGAGGCCUUUAAUGAGCUCUCCAAACGCAAGAAGAGUAAGAAGAGCAAGAAGAAAGGCCCUGGAGAGGGAGUUCUGACACUGAGAGCCAAACCGCCGACUCAGGACGAGUUCAUCGACUGCUUCCAGAAGUUCAAGCACGCCUUCAACCUGCUGGGGAAGUUGAAGAACCACAUUCAGAAUCCCAGCGCUGUAGAUCUGGUUCACUUCCUGUUUAAUCCACUCAAACUGGUGAUCCAGACGUCUGGAGGAGUUGAUCUGGCUAAAAGUGUAGUCGUUCCUCUACUCACCAGAGAAGCGAUUGAAUUCCUGCACACGGCGGGAUCUGCAGAGGAGAGACACCUAUGGGUGACACUCGGUGAUGCAUGGACCAAGUGCAAGCUGGAGUGGCCGAAGGAUUAUCCGUUUCCUUCGCACACGUUGAGUUUCCGUGAUGGCUGGGAGCCGCCGGUGCUGGUGUCGCGGGAGCAGGACGUCACUCAGCUAGCAGAAAGACUGAACGCUGCGCAGAGCGAGACUCAGAGGCCGCCGAUCACCCAGCAGCCGGUGCAGGAUUUCAGCAGUGCAGACGGGUAUGGCCUCAGUCAAGGCACACACAAGCGUUUGCAUCAGCUGGAGACAGAUAUGGCCAUGGCCGCUCUCAAACAUGCGGUCAGCCGGCAUGUAGAUAGGAAUCUGGACGCUCACAGCAGGACGGCGCAGAGAAACUUUGCCAAAUCCAAGUAUGACUUCGUGGCCAGAAACAACACGGAGCUGUCUGUGCUGAAGGACGAGGUGGUGGAGGUGCUGGACGACAGGAAGCAGUGGUGGAAGGUGCGCAACGGAGCGGGAGCGUCAGGGUACGUGCCAAACAACAUCCUGGAGAUCAGCAGAGCGGUGGACAUGACGGGCCGCGGAGAGCCCAUAUACAGCCACACUAUACAGCUAAUGAUGCCAAAAAAGGAGUUUGAGUUGUUUAAGAAGCAGCGGACCGAUUAUGUGCCCAGGCCGACAGUAACUGAAGCUCCGCCCACACCGACACCCCCUCCCCCGCCAGCCCCACUGCCACCCACCGCCAGCCCAGCCAAUCAGAGUGCAGCAGCCAUCAUCCCAGCUAAUCAGAGCACAGCGGCCACCAGCCCGGCCAAUCAAAGUGCAGCGGCCACUAACCUGGCGAAUCAGAGCACAGCAGGUGCUGGUCCGUCCAAUCAGAAUGAGAGCAACAGCGGAGAGCAGCACGACGACACCGUGAGCGAGAGCGACAGCGUGAACAUGAGAGACCAGCAGAGGGAGAGAGCAGCACCGGCCAACCGGCGCAAGUCUAACAUGGAGGAGGUCCAAGAUGAGCUGAUGUACCGGCUGACUUUGGGUCGCAGUGCGCAGAAGCGGAUCCAGACCCCGAGCCGCAGCAGUCAGCCGGCGCUCAGCAUCAGCUACGACUCCACACCGCAGCAGGUCAAGGACUGGCUGAUGCUCAAAGGCUUCAGCGCCGCGACCGUGGGCAGUCUCGGGGUGCUGACCGGCGCUCAGCUCUUCUCUCUGAAUAAAGACGAGCUGAAGACGGUGUGUCCAGAUGACGGCGCUCGCGUCUUCAGCCAGAUCAGCGUGCAGAAGGCCGCUCUGGAGAGGAGCUCCGGCUCUGAGCUGCUGGAGGUCAUGCGGAGGCGGCAGGAGAAGCUAGCGGCGACAGCUACAAGCGACUCAGGAGUGGAGUCCUUCGACGAGGCCAGCAGCCACUGACCCCUCUCUGACCUUUUACAGGACGCCGCCGAGCGCGCUCAGUUCGCUGCCAUAAUGCGCCGUCGUCAGGAACUCUUGGACCCGUCUGAUAACGGCACCGGCUCAGACGCAGAGGAGCACGCCUGAGGAGGACGCUCGUGUUCUCGUAGUCUAGUGCCAUCGAGUUCUGCCUUCAUAGUCCAACGUCUGAUCAAACCUGCUGUACAUACUCACACUGACGCCGUACUGAUCGUUCAUCAGCUGCUUUGAGUGGAGAAUUAUGGGUAAGACGGUCAGACUGCUAGAUCUGUGGGUUUUAUACUAGUAAAGGAUCAUAUUCCUGAUUGUUUUGUACUCAGUCGUACUGCCAAAACACAAGCUUUAUAGAUGUGAGAUGUGUGGAGGACAGCUGUCAGUCUGGAUGAUGACGAGUCCUGCUAAUGUGAUGAUGAAGGCCAAAUCAGGCUCUGGGUGGAGGUUUCAGUGGGAACACACACACACACACACACACACACACACCUUCAGUCUGUAUAUAUAAUGUGUGUGCUGAAUAAAUGCAAUCAUGUGA